UGCUCUAAUUCGCGUCGAUUCGCGGGUUUGAAGCGGAAAAAGAGUGAUUUUUUUCUCUUUUUUUUUUUGAGAAAAAAAAAAAAGCGCCAUUUUUCUUUUCAGCGGAGUUGGGGGGGGGCAACGACAAAACUAGAGAUUUUUGUGUUUUUCCUGGAAGUGGCGAUUUUGGAGCGACGUUUUCGGGGUGAGGGGGGAAACCUCCCGGGCGCCUGACGGAGGGUGUUUUGUGCCGCUCGCGGCUGAUUUUCGGCUGUCAAUAACGCGUUUUUUUUUUUUUCUUGACGGGAAAAAAAAUGAAAACCCAACGCUAAAUUUCUGCAAAAAGUAGAAAAAAAAUUACCAAAUUUCUGAUAAUUCUCCUUCCCCUUUAUUUUUUUUAGUUUUUGGGGUUUGUUUUUUUUUUUUUUUGCAUUUAUUUGCACUUUUCGCGUUCAGACUUUGACCUUGCCGAGGGCUGGCGCGUCCCCAAGCCGCGCUGGAAAACACCGCUACGGUCUAGAAUUGACCCAAAAAGGACUGAAAACGCCUCAAAAAAAGAAGGGAUUUUUUUGUCCAAGCGGGAGGUGAGCAUCCGGAGGUGGCCGGCGGGAUGCCGACACGCGAGUUUUUCCUGGCCGUCGCCCUCCUCUUCCUCUCUGGAGGAAGCAACGGAGAUGCCGGAAGGUCGGUGGUGGGAGCGAGACCCCCGCAGCCCCCGGCCGGUGGCUGGAGCCUUCUCCGGAGGAAGCGGGACGAGGAGCCACCUUCAUACCUGAAGUGGGUGACUUUUGAAGGCCAACUGCCCACCGACGCCGUCUCCAACUGGAACGACUACGCCAAGAGGUUGGAGUAUGUCUGCUCCACGGAGAAGCCCAGUUGCCACACCGGUGCCUACGUCCCCGCCCGAGGUCCCUUCUGCUUCUUCCCCUUAGGAUCGUGGGAGCGGAGCACCAACGACUUCAAGGUGUUGGUCAACGCGGGAGGCUUCGAGGCGCUGGAUUGGGUGGACGAAUCCUUUGGCAGCGUGCCCGAAAACGCCGUGGAGGGUUGCCCGUCCGUUGACGUCUUUGUUGGGAGGAACCGCUAUGGCUUGGGCAAGGUCUUGAAAGGGCAGAGGGCUCUCUUCGUGGUGGUGGAUGGGGAGGAAAUUUGGUACAAGUGGUAUCAAGUCUUGGUGGUGAAGAAGGGCCCAGCGAACGUUACCAUCUCCGACGUCCACUACAACAUGAGCAGAGCGGUGGAGCACAGGGAGGACGUCACCCUCAUGAAGACCACAGUGAAGAACGAGGGUUGCCAAGGGGUGUGGAAAACCGUCACCUUGGAGGAGGCCACCGAGAUAGAGCACGACUGGAACAUGGACCAGAGGGUCUUCACCACCAUCCGUGGGGUGCUGCAAGCCGCCCUCUUGGUCUUCAAUGAGACAGGCUGGGCGGUCACCAACGUCACCAGCAUCUUCUGGGUGGGGGGAGCCAGCAUCAGCAAGUACGUUGACCAUACCCACGUGGUGGAGAAGGAGGUUCAGCCCCAGACGGCAUGCACCGUGGCCCUGGAGGGACGUCAGCUGGACAUCCGCGUCCCCUUCACCGCACAGCUGACCCGUGGUUUUAGGGAUGGUCAACUCCACCAUGUGGCCAUGACGGGGUGGGCUCGCAGCCGGGCGGUGGUGGGUGUCCAGGCCAGCUUCAAGGAGUGCUGGCCCAUCACUGACGUCCCACCGUGCCGGCCAUAGGGGAUGGUGAGGUGGAUCUGCUUCCUGCAAUCUGCUUUUUCUCUUUUUUUUUUCCCCAAAAUAACAACCCUCUCACCCCAAAAUGGGAUGGCAGCAACUCAGAAUGCAGAAAAAUGUUGGUUUGGGUUUUUUUUGCCUUCCAUAUUUUUUGUUCUCUUGGCAUAACCUUCAUCCCUCGCCAAGACGACGUCGCAGCAACGCAGAAUGCAGAAAAAUGUGGGGUUUUUUCAUUCUUUUCCUCUUGUGUUUCAUGAAAAAAAGCUUCUAGAGCAAAAAAAAAUCAGCUGUGUGGUUCGUUAGAAGGCUCCCAAAAAGUCAUUUUAUAAGCAAAGGGGUGAAGAAGGAGGAAAAAAAGCCAGAAUAAGGGGUGUAAAGGCAACCGCUCAUCUCAGGGUGACAGUGGAGGCCACGUCCUUGGAGGACGCUCAUGGAGAUGGCACCAUCUCAUGGUGACAGUGAAGGUCUCCUCCAUGGAGAAGGCUCAUGGAGGUGGCACCAUCUCAUGGUGAUGGUGGAGGCCACAUCCUUGGGAGAACGCUCAUGGAGGUGGCACCAUCUCAUGGUGAUGGUGGAGGCCACAUCCUUGGGAGAACGCUCAUGGAGGUGGCACCAUCUCAUGGUGAUGGUGGAGGCCACAUCCUUGGGAGAACGCUCAUGGAGGUGGCACCAUCUCAUGGUGACAGUGAAGGUCUCCUCCAUGGAGAAGGCUCAUGGAGGUGGCACCAUCUCAUGGUGGGGUGGAGGCCACAUCCUUGGGAGAACGCUCAUGGAGGUGGCACCAUCUCAUGGUGACGGUGGAGGCUGCGUCCUUGGAGGAGGCUCAUGGAGGUGGCACCAUCUCAUGGUGAUGGUGGCCCAAAGCCUCCACCUCCCUCCCUCCCCCUCCCCUGCCCCCAAGGCCGGAGUGACAGCGGAGCCGACCAACAGGGGCGUGGGGUGGGGGGUGGGGAAUGUGCGUUCCA